AUGGGCUUGAAGCCGCGUGUUGCGCAGCUACUGCAAGCCCUGGACGACCUGCCGCGGUGGCAGAAGAUCGCGGGCCUCUCUCUGGCAGCAGCUCUUGCAGCGCUUCUGUCUCAAGGCGUCCAAACGGAGGCCGAGGCGGGUCGCUUCUUCCAAGUGGUCGACCCGGACAAGGGCAUCAAACUCCGAGCCGCACCCUGCCUGGAGGCGGAAGGUACCGGCCACGUGCUGGUGCCUCUGGAGCCCUUCGAGACCGACGAGGUUUUGGAGGUGGGCGCCCAGACCUUUCUGCGCCUCGCAGAUGGCCGCGGCUGGGCGUUUCUGCGGAGCCGGACAGGGCAGGUGAUUUGCCAAGAGCUGACGAGGGCAGAGGUUGAAAACGCCGGCGGUACAGCGCUGCAGCAAGUGGAGGACACACUCAAAAAGGACCCACGAGUCCAGCAGCAGCUGCAGGUCAUGACCACCAAAGAGCGAGAAGACGCCAUACGUAAAAUGGCCCGGCGAGUGGUCCUGGACGGGGACUCUUAG